UCAAUUGGUUCUAGCCAUACUUGUGCGAGCACCAGCCAAGUGAGGGGAAAGGAGGCCAGCAAAGCUUGGGUUGCUGACAGGGCCAAGGAGGUACUUAAGGCCACCCCAGACUUGGGAGCAAAGAAAUUACAGGUUCAGCUUGAAACUAAGUUUCCAAUCAAAAUGUCAUACAAUAAGGUGUGGGAAGGAAGGCAACUUGCACUAAAAGGCCUACAUGGCACUUGGGAGGAAAGUUUUAAAAUGUUGUGGAGUUUCAAAGCUGAGUUAGAGGCUACAUGUCCUGGAAGCAUAGUAGAGAUUGACUGCAAGAAGAAUAAGAAGAAUGGCCGAGUUUAUUUCAGUAGAAUGUUUGUGGCGAUCAAAGCAUGUGUGAAUGGGUUUCUUGCGGGUUGUAGGCCAUACCUUGGGGUUGAUUCUACUCACCUCACAGGUAAAUAUAAUGGACAGCUAGCUGCAGCAACAGCAAUUGAUGGACACAAUUGGAUGUACCCAGUGGCAUAUGGAAUUUUUUACAAGGAGACAAAAGCUGAUUGGACAUGGUUCUUGAGGCAAUUGAAAAGAGCAAUUGGUACUCCACCUGGACUCACAAUCCACACAGAUGCUUGCAAAGGCUUGGAGACAGCGGUCCAUAAUGUCUUCCAAGGUGAUGCUGAGCACAGAGAGUGUUUUAGGCAUCUCAUGCAUAAUUUUAGGAAGCACUUUGAUGGAGAUGUGCUAAAGUACAUGUGGCCUUGUGCUUGGGCAUGUACUGCUAUGAGGCAUCAAUGGCUUUGGGACAGAAUUGCAGAGAAUUGUCCAGCAGCAAUUCCUUACUUGCAAGCAGAGCACAAACAACUUUGGUCUCGAGCGAAGUUCUCAGGGGAGUGCAAGGUUGAUUAUGUGAACAACAAUAUAUCAGAAAGCUUCAACAAUUGGAUUAAAGAGACCAAAGGGUUUCCUGUGGAUGUCCUCAUGGACACAAUUAGGGUUAUGAUCAUGGAAAAGAUAGCUAUGAGGCAGCAUAUAGCUAACAAACUUGAAGGGAAAAUUCUCCCUAGUGUUAUAAAUGAGCUGAAGAUGAAGAGUAGAAACUUGAAGUACACAAUUAAGGGGAGUGGUGGUCUUAAGGCCGAGGUAUCUGGAUUGACUAAGGACAACUAUCCUUGGAGGCAUGCUGUGGACCUUGAAAGCAAAACAUGUUCAUGUGGGCAAUGGCAUAUUUCUGGUAAACCUUGCACUCAUGUUAUAGCCUUUAUAGGUUCCUUGAGACAAAUAAAACUCGAUGACUAUGUGCAUGACUACUACUCAGUUCAUCGUUUCAAGGCUACUUAUCAGUUUGAGGUCAGCCCAAUGGUUGACAAGUCGCAGUGGCCUAUUGUUGAUCUCGGGUUUCAAAUGUUGCCUCCAAAUCUAGAAAGGUCCGCAGGUAGGCCACGAGUGAAAAGGAUUAAGAGCAAGGGUGAGCCUGGAAAAAGGGGUCCUUAUCAAUGCAAAAGAUGUUUCCAAUUUGGGCACAUUGAGAAGGGUUGUCGUGAGCCCCCUACUGAGCUUGGUGUUGAAUUACCGCAACCAGUACCGCCUAAAUCUCGGAAAAGGAAAGAAAAACCAAGUAUUUCAAACUCCACCAAAGCUCCCAAGAAAUCUAAGAAGGCACCUGCAGCCGUGUCUACUUCCUUAGUCACACAAACACCGGUUAGUCCAGGACCAACAACGAGGUUGAUGGCAGCUUCUACUUCUAGUCCUCUUAGUCCAGGGCCUACAACAAGGAGUAGGGCAGCAGCAGAAACGUCACCAGGAGGUAUUGCGAGGCGACUUAUUGUAGGCUAGGAUUGGAUUUGUAAGAGUAAAGCCUGUGUGGUGCCACUAUUAUUUUCUAGCUAGUGUUGGUGUUAUUGGACCUUUCUGUGCUGGCAGACUUUAAACUAUGGAGUGUUUCCAUGAAUGUAAUGUGUUGCGAUGACAAUUCUAAUGUGCUGGAAUGAUUGUCCUUGUGUAUGUGUUAAAUGGUAAAAAUGGUG